CAGAAUUAAAUUUAUUGCCAAGUAGGUUUUCACAUUGAAGGAAUUUGCUUUGGUCUAUUGGUGCAUAAAUAAGCAUAGUAGAGAAAAAUGAAAAAAUCUAUAAAAUAAAAGCUAAUUAAAAGCAAGUACUGUAACCACAACUGUACACUAACAAUGUCUAUUUAAAAUAUUAAAGCAACAACAGUAAACUUUUAUACUGCUUCGGUUUAUUAUUUUAUUUUUUUCCUAAGUGUCCAAAUUGUAAAAAAAACUUUCUGUUGUUGCCGUCUUUCUCUGCUGCUCUCCACUCCUCGCUUCAAUGUCGAGAACACUUCCGGGAAUUUUAACCGUUCUUGGCGAAAUGCAAUUGGGUGUAUAUUGGGACAGUACUCUGGCCGCAAAAAAUGACGUUUCACAAGGAUGCAAGAACACAAGUACAGACAAGAACACAGAUGUUAUACACAGCCAUAAAGUGUAAUGGCAUACCUGUGAAAAAUAUGUCAUGUUUGCGAAAUACAUAUUCCAUCAAAGUGUGGGUUUGUGAAAGCAGAACAAGACAGAAAUGAAAACUUGCAGGACAAGAGAGGAAGAAGCUACACCUGCCGACAGACUGUUGAGUCAAAUCGUUCCAUUAGAAAAAAACUGACUGUUAAAGAGCUUUAUUCUUCAAAGCAAAAAAAGAAAACAACAAUGUGGUCUAUAAUAUCAUAAGGGUCUAAACUAAUAAAAUGGAUCAUUUCAAGUUUAUUGGUCAUUUUGAGGAGUCUCUUAAACCUAAUGGAAUUGAUAAAGCCUUUUGUUUUCACUCAUAAAGUGUAGCAAAUGGGUAGAGAUUUUAAACACUAGAUAAAAAUAAAAAUUUAUCUAUAGAGUGGAGCGUGUGGCUGGAGGUCAGACAGGUUUGGUAAGAUGAGGUUAAGCCAUUUUGUGACGGAAGCAAGAGAGAAAACUCUAGUAACCAGACAGCUGUUGAUAAAACUGCAGCACUGACUACUGUAAUAAAUCUCACAGAAACUUUGUAUGAAAAUCAUCAAGGGGCAGGCAGAAGAUUCGAUAUAAAACACUGUCUCCUCCUUGGCCAGCAGAGAGAAGUGUAUUAAAAAUAACUAAACACAGCCAAAUGACAACAACAAUCUCCAGUGUGCUUCCUCUAUUAUUACUGCUACUUCAGUUACCACUAUUACUGCUGAGGAUGAAACUUUAAUGAUCUCUGUGGAAAACUAACACGCAUGCACGCAUGCUAUAAACAAGAAAAGUUGGCUUCUCAAGAACUGCUUAUGUCAGUAUAUGACACUUACUCAACCAUGAUGUUUUCUGUGUCAUCUUCCUCUGGCCACUUUUAACCUUCCUACACUGAAUAAAUGUGGUAUUGCCUGUUGUAUUUAUAUUUCGGACAGUCGGAUAAUUUCACUUAUCUUCUUACAGGUCAGAGCUGACGUUUAUAUGGACAAUAAUGAACUCAGAUAUUGGUUUAUAACAGCUGAUAAGACAGAUCCUUUUCCCAGUGAGCUCAUUGUGUAUUAUAAGAAUUCAAGUCCAAACGCAGACAAGACUGGUAUUGAUUUCCUUCCUGAUUUUUAGAAAAGGGAAGUUAAACCUGCAGUGCAUGAUGCCGUCCGUAUUGGAGUGUGUGUGGGGGGAGAAAUUCAUCUUAUGUUCAUUUAAGGACAUUGUUAUACAAUAACCUACACACAUGCGUGGUCUUUGUUAUUUUUUCCUCUCAAUCCUGACCCAAGUGUCUUCCAGCACCUCCAAAGUCAUUGGCCUCUGUGGGCACAAUGUCACUUUGUCCUGCAGGUAUGACACCAAAACUCAAGGCGUCCUGAGUUUCUGUUGGGGACGAGGGAAGGUGCCCAGGUCCAAAUGCUCCAAUACCAUCCUCUCCUCCCAGGAUGGGGCUGUACAAUUCAGGCAGUCCCCCAGGUACCAGCUGCUGGGCAGGGUGACAGAUGGAGAUGUGUCCCUGACCAUCCUGAAAGCUCAGUGGAGUGAUGCUGGUGUGUACGGUUGCAGGGUCGAAAUCCCAGGGUGGUUCAAUGACUAUAAGGUCAACACACAUCUGGUCAUGGUGGAAGCUCCCGUGCAACAACCCGUUACCGAGGCCUGGACACUUACUACUACUGGGACACAAGAAAUAUUGACAACAUCUGCAUCUAAAAAUGUAGAAGUCGGUGACCCAACAUUUGACACAAUUGGAAGUGUAACAAAUGAGGAAAAAUUCAAAGCCUUCCAGGAAGUGGGGAACAUUGGCAGGAUGGUAGCUAUUUUCUCCUUCACCAUCAUCAUAAUCCUCGUCUUUAUUUUCCUGAGAGGAUUUCUGCCGAGGAAGACACUUCAACAUCUCAACACCUCUGCUGCUGAGAACAUUUAUGAAAGCUUACCGAUGCUUGAGUGAUGGUCAACAUUACGAGAACAAAGGAGUCCACAGCUUUCUAUAAGGAAGUGCUUGCUGAAUGUGUCUGCUUGUCAUGUGCCAACUCUAUCCACCUUUCAAACUCGUAUCUGUUAAUCAUUAAUAGAGCGGAAAUUACCUAUUUCCCCAGUAAAGCAGCUUACAGCAUUGAAAAAGGCAAAUGUGUGUCAUAUGUGGCUGAGAAGAUGCAAAAAUAUCCUGCAGAUUAAUUAAUAAGCUUUUAUUUUCUGUCCGUCUGUUUUUCACGGCAAAACUAAUCUCACAGCCCUUAAAAGCUUGUGGAUGGUUCACACAUGUGGACACAAUGCCACCUACUGGACUUAAUACAUUAUUACUCGACUUAACAGUUUGGUUGGGGAAGAUGGGAUAGAGAAGGACGACAGUGUGGGAGAAAUGUCUAUUCCUGCUCUAUAUGUGUUGAAGAAAGUUGAUCUGAAUUGUGUAUUGAAAAACUAUUCCCAGUAAAGAGUCAAAUAAAUAGUAAAAUAAAAACACAUCGUGGACAGACUCA